AACAAUAAUACCCUCUCAUCUCAUCUACCUCCCCUUGGCUGCACCUACAUAAAUCUAAUCGUAGUCACAGCGCAACAUCAAACGCGAACUGGAACAAACCAAACCCUCACAAAACACAAAUGUACGAAUUCUACUUCUCUUUUCAUACAUACGGUGAAUUUUAAUUGAUUGUUUGGUGUUUAAAGAAUGAGCAAAGAACGACCUCCUGAGCCUCUUGAUUUCUUUAUAUGGACUGUCGAGGAUGUUGGUUUAUGGUUGGAAGAGAUAAAUCUUGGUGGCUAUCGUCAGAUUUUCAAAGAAAAUGGUGUCAAUGGAGAAUACCUGGAGGGCAUGUCCAUGUUCACAACCGAACAAAUUCUUCGGUUUAUACGACGGUGCCAUAUGAAGUGGGGAGACUUCAUCACACUUUGUAAGGAACUCAGACGAAUAAAAGUGGCUUGCCUAAAAGGGGAACAAAAGGUUCGCAGGCCAUGGUGGGCUCCAUCAUGCCUCUCGGUAGUCUUUGUUAAGGUGGCAAAGCGCAACAGACAGUCAAGAGUUGUUUCUUUGAAGCUGGAACCAUGAUGCAAAAAUCUGGCAAGGUGUAUGUAUAUCAAGUUCAUUUUGUUUAGGAACAGAAUAGGAAACAACUCAAUGUUUAUCUUAAACCUGGAAAGGUCUUGCUGACAGUUCUUCAUUGGAGAACUGGUUUUACGUUCGCAUACGAAGCCUUUUUAUAUAUAUUUGUAUUAUGUUGAUUUUGUAGCUGUAUCAAUUAUCUUAAUCUGUGAGCAGAAUACAGUUUUAAUGUCAUAUAAAAGAUUAGUUUGGAUCAA